GCUUGAAUAAGAAAUCCUGUAAAUUUUCUUUAAUUACUUGUAUAGCAGUUAAAGCACUGAUUACAGUAAGUAGAUUUAGAAUGCUUCUAUUUUUCGAAAAAGAUCUUCUUUAAAGUACUCUCCCUUAAAUAGUAUAGAUAUAUAGAUAGAAUUGGAAACAACCCCUAAUUUAUUUGCUGAUAGCCUGAUAGAUAAUAUUGAGCUUAAUUCCACGGAAUUUCUAUGGCAUCAAUCAGCCAAUAAAAUUAAUCUUGCACGUGAAUUCUCAAUGCCAAUCAGAUUAUUUUCAAUCUUUUGACACUACACUUUUUUUUUACUCUCAUCCUCUCAUUACUUUUCAGAUAAUUUCUACUAACAUGUCAAGAGAUAUUUCCAAAAAGAUAGAACAAUAUGAAAAAUUUCUUCAUGAUAAACUUGAAGUAGAUUUGAAACAAACUUGGGAUUUACGAGAAAAAAUUUAUGAAGAAAUUUCUGAUUAUCAUUUAUUUCAGGUAUAUGAAGCUAUUUCAGAAAUUUUAAAUCUAGAAAAAGGUGAAGAGGCUAAUAAAUAAAUGAUGCAAGAUAAGUCAUAAGGUAUUAGACUAAUCGUAUAAUCUGAUCAGAUAAGAAAAAUAUAUAAUUAUUGUAAGAGAAGAAUUUUAAAAAAAAUUGAUCAAUU